GAAACAUAUAAGUUUUGCUGGAACUAAUCUGAAGGUAUCGAUUUAAGAAUCUGGAGAUGGAGCAACGUCUUUCUCGUCGUCGUAGAUGCAGGCAAAAAAGAAGUGCCAGGAGUGGACUUUGCAAAUUCUUGCCCGAUUUGAAAUGCAAGUCACUGGAUGGCGUGCGUCGCCAGGUCAAGGAUCAGCUGCGUCUCGUCCUGCCGUCCGCUGGUUUCUAUAAGAACUCCAUGCGGUUCUACAAGCGCUGCACAAAACCAGACCGCCAGGAGUUCCUGCGCAUCAGCGCGGCCAUCGGCGUGGGAUUCCUCAUCAUGGGCGUAAUUGGAUUCGUGGUUAAGCUGAUGCACAUACCCAUCGUCAACAUAAUCAUGGACUGA